AAUAAUUAGAAGAUAAGUAUUUCUUAAAAGUGUUUCCAGGAAAAGGAAACUUUUUUAUUUCAUUAAAUGUUAAAGAAUUUUUAUUUGAUUAUUUAUAAAAAAAAGAAAAAAAAUGUAUUGUCAACUUAUGUAUAUGAGUGUCACUAUAGCUGUACCACUUAUCUCAUUUCCUAACCAGCUGGUUCAAUAUAUUCAAGCUUCAUUGGCUCGAAACCUAUUAUAAUAAAAACUGAAGCUUUCUUUUUACCGCGUUAUAAAAUUAAAACCAAAAAAUAAAAUAGAACAUCAAAUUCACAUGGCGAUUGUUUUAAAAUUGAACUGUGUGGUGAAAGCUUUUCCAAGUUACAUUUAAGCAGUGAAUUUAAAAAAAGUAUAUCUACAAAAAAAAGUAAACAACAAAACAAAAUUGAUGGCUAAUAAAAUGACAAUAAAAAUAAUAUACUGUUUAAUUAAAUGAAAAACUCCCAGGACAUUAUUAUUGUUGAAAAAGUAUGGAAUGUUGUUCUAAUCAUGACAAAUUAAAAAUGUCAAUAUGGAUCGUCCUUUGAGGUGCGACCAAGGAAAAAUGGAGACAAAUCCUUCAGGUGAAACGGAAUUAUCGGAAAUGAAAAUUGUCACGUCCUCAAUUGGUGUCACAGCAACGAAUCAAAAUCAUUCCGAAGAUCAUCAAUGUCGAAAUGGAACAUGCAAAAUAUCGAGAAUUAGAAAUAAUCAACAACCAGAGAAUCCUUGGCAUUAUUUAAAAACAAUUUUUCUCAUUAGCGUUAUUAUCGCACUAAUUAUUUGGAUAAUUGUUUACACUUUAUUGGUUCAAUACAAAGUAUUGUAAUCUUUUUAUUCCAUACAAUUUCUUAAUUUUUCUUUUAUCUUGACUUUUCGUAAAAUGCGAAUUAAUGAAUCAUUCAUUGCAUGUGUGUGAGUGUGUGUUUUUUACCAUUCACUAUUACAUUUGUUAUAUUACUUCUAGUUUAAUAUUUAUUAUUACCUGGAUUGUUAAUUUAUUAGAUAAUUAUUAAUUUUUUAAUUAGGGGAGGGUAGGCUACAUUGAACCGGGUAUUUUAUAAAGUCC